AUGGUCAAGGAUUGCCUGGAUUAUGUGAAGAAAUGCCAAGCAUGUGAAUUCCAUGCCAACUUUAUACAUCAGCCGCCGGAGCCGCUACAUCCUACAAUUACUUCAUGGCCAUUUGAUGCGUGGGGUCUUGAUGUGGUGGGACCGAUAACACCUAAAUCUUCCGACGAUCAUUCUUACAUCCUUGCAGCCACAGAUUACUUUUCAAAAUGGGCGGAAGCUGUGCCUCUAAAGGAAGUGAAGAAAGAGAACGUAGUAAGCUUUAUCAAGGUAAACAUCAUUAAUCGAUAUAGUGUGCCAUGCUACAUCAUCACAGAUAAUGGAAAGCCAUUCUCGAAUCGGUUGAUGGAUAAAUUGUGUGAAGACUGUGGUUUCAAACAACGCAACUCUUCAAUGUACAAUGUUCCAGCCAACGGUCUUGCGAAAGUGUUCAACAAAACUCUUUGCAAUCUGUUGAAGAAAGUUGUUAGAAGAACCAAGAAAGAUUGGCAUGAAAGGAUAAAUGAAGCAUUGUGGGCUUAUCGGACGCCUACUCUGGCUACACUGUGCUCACUCAUGAGGUGGAAGCAGUCUUGCUUCUAG